AUGUGGCUUCUCCAUGUUGACACUUUCGAGCUGAAGGAAUUCAUCGGCACCAACCCACCUUAUGCAAUCCUCUCUCAUACAUGGGCCUCGGACGAGAUACCUUUCGCGGAGAUGAGGAAGGCAAAGUACCGAGACCUCGCUAAGCAAAAGACGGGCUUCUCCAAGAUUGAUGGAUGCUGCGCUCGCGCGAAAGCGGAUGGUUACGCUUGGGUAUGGAUAGACUCUUGCUGCAUCGACAAGCGGAGUAGUGCGGAGCUGUCCGAAGCUAUAAAUUCCAUGUUCAAGUGGUAUCAGUGUUCCCGCAUCUGUUAUGUUUACCUUUCCGACGUUCCUGGCGGCAACGAAGACUUCGAUGUGGUCGCAAAAAGUAGAUGGUUCACGCGGGGAUGGACUCUUCAAGAGUUGCUUGCUCCUCGGGACCUGCUGUUCCUCGCACAGGACUGGACAGUGCUCGGAUACAUAGGCGCCCACUCCUACGACCAUCUUUGUAAUGCAUACGUUGACGACCCGACACCUUUGAACCAUCACGAGCUUACGCAAUGGAUAUCGCUGAUAACAAGGAUCCCGAAAGAAUUUAUUUCGGGCGGCAAAAGACUUGAGCAAGCGUGUGUGUCACAGCGUAUGUUCUGGGCGUCCCAAAGAACGACGACCAGGCCUGAGGAUCGUGCGUAUAGUUUGAUGGGUUUAUUCGAUAUUAACAUGCCCAUUCUGUACGGUGAAGGCUUGGAAAAGGCUUUCACGAGGCUUCAGGAAGAAAUUUUCCGCAGCACGCCUGACCAAAGUAUCUUUGCGUGGCACUACUCAGGAAUGUCCUCCUACCGAUUGCUGGCCGACUCCCCAGAUUGUUUCCAGAAUUCAGGGAAUGUGGUGAGGCUCCUCCAGGAAAGUUCGCUUGCACGAGAGGCUGAAUGUACUCGUUCUGCCUUUUAUAUGACGAAUCUUGGACUGCGGAUCACAUUGCCACUGCAUACUGUCACGGAGAGCAUAAGUAGAGAUGACAGCAAAACCCGAAUGGAGGCCAAAUUGCACUGUUAUGUCCAUGGCAAAGAAAGUGGCCCUUGCCAGGUCAGCCUUAAUCUCUUCUAUCUGGACACAGACAUUAGUGGACGCGUUAUCUACAUGUGCCAACGAUCAAGCACGUGGAAUUUCAGCACUGGAGGAGGUCAUCCCACCAGCAUCUUCAUCCGUGGAAUCAGUUACGACACUGAAACCGCGGAGCAACAAACUUCACUGACUUCAAGUGUUGCCUUUGACGAGGUCGAAGUGGCGUCUCGAAGCCUUGGUAUCAUUGGCGAUGCAGUGGAUUUUCCUGCAGAAGUACUGAAAGAUGAUGUACCUUUCGCCGAACUAGGUGUCGAUUCGCUAGUGCUCGUGGAACUCAUGUCUCGGAUAAAGGAUGAGUUGGGUGUGCAAAUUUGCACACAGGACUUUUACAACAAUCCUACCAUUGGAGAGUUCGUCGCUUUCUUAGUGGCCGCAGUUGGACUGUCUAAUUAG